CCUACUUUUAUUCCCCUCUGCUAAUAGUAUGCGUGGUGUCCUUCACUCCUCCGCACACACUCUCCCCGACUCCUUUCCCCCGAUCUCGGCCAUGGCUCCGGCGGCGGCGGAGGAGGAGGAGAAGAAGACGUUCGUGCUCUACCCGUCGCUGGGCGUGGGACACCUGAACCCCAUGGUGGAGCUGGCCAAGCACCUGCUCCGCCGCGGCCACAGCGCCGUCGUCGCCGUCGUCGACCCGCCGGACGGCGACCCCACCUCGGCCGCCGCAGUGGCGCGCCUCGCCGAGGCCAACCCCUCCAUCACCUUCCGGGUCCUCCCGGCCCCGGCCAGCCCGGACCCCGCCGCGCACCCCAUCAAGCGCGCCCACAACACGCUCCGGCUCGCCAACCCCGCGCUCCGGGCCUUCCUGCGCGCGCUGCCGGCCCCCGCCGACGCGCUCCUGCUCGACAUGUUCUGCGUCGACGCGCUCGACGUCGCCGCCGAGCUCGCCCUCCCCGCCUACUUCUUCGCCUCCGCCGCCAGCGACUUCGCCAUCUUCCUCAACGUGCCCUACUUCUACCCCGACCUGCCGUCGUUCAAGGACAUGGGUGACACGCUCGUGCACAGCCCCGGCAUGCGCCCGGUGCGCGCGGUGGACAUGCCGCUGUCGGUGCAGGACAAGGAGAGCGACAUGACCAAAACCCGGCUGUACCAGUUCAAGCGCAUCGCGGAGGGGAGGGGCGUGCUGGUCAACAGCUUCGACUGGCUGGAGCCCACGGCCCUGAAGGCGCUCGCCGACGGCGUCUGCGUGCCCGGCCGGCCGACGCCGAGGGUGUUCUGCGUCGGGCCAUUGGCCAACGACGGCAAGAAGAGCGGGGACGGCGAGACGCGGCACGAGUGCCUCGCGUGGCUGGACGCGCAGCCGGAGCAGAGCGUGGUGUUCCUCUGCUUCGGCAGCAUCGGCGCCGUGUCCGCGGCGCAGCUGAAGGAGAUAGCUCAUGGGCUGGAGAGCUCCGGCCAUCGCUUCCUGUGGGUCGUACGGAGCCCACCUGCGGACCCGGCCGACGUCUUCCAGCCGCGUUCGGAGCCAGACCUGGACGCGCUCCUCCCCGAGGGGUUCAUGGAGAGGACACGGGACAGAGGCAUGGUGCUCAAGAUGUGGGCGCCGCAGGCGGAGGUGCUGCGGCACGCCGCCACCGGCGCCUUCGUGACGCACUGCGGCUGGAACUCGACGCUGGAGGCGGUCAUGGCCGGGGUGCCGAUGAUAUGCUAUCCGAUGUACGCCGAGCAGGCGCUGAACAAGGUGUUCAUGGUGGAGGAGAUGAAGAUCGCCGUGCCGUUGGAGGGGUACGAGAAGAGAAUAGUGAGGGCGGAGGAGAUAGAGGCUAAGGUGAGGCUGGUGAUGGAGGCUGAGGAAGGGAGGAAGCUCAGGGAGACGCUUGCGACGGCGAAGAAGAUGGCGUCGGACGCGGUCGGCGAAGGCGGGUCUUCUGAAGUGGCAUUCGCCGAGUUCUUGAAAGAUUUGGAGAAUGGAGGAUGCAACGAAAUCACACAUUCCAACACCAAUCCUGUUGCUGUCGUGCUUGAUCAUGUCGAGAGCUUCGAAUCCUUCAAGAACUCGGCGAACGCCAACCGCGACGGCCCGCUGUCUGCCAGAGCUUCGGCAGCCUUCUCCUUGGCCAACGCCAGCCUCUCCCUCAGCUUCUCCCCUUCCUCUGACUCCAUGACCAGCCUCACCUUCUUCUCCACCUCCUCGGCCUUCACAAGCUGCUCGUCGUACCCCUCCAUCACCACUCCGACCUUCAUCUCGUCCACCACGAACACCUUGUUCAGCCUCUGCUCCGCGUACUGCGGCCAGCACAGCAUCGGCACCCCGGCCGACGCCGCUUCCAGGACGGAGUUCCACCCGCAGUGCGUCACAAACGCGCCGGUGGCGGCGUGCCGCAGCACCUCCACCUGCGGCGCCCACAUCUUCAGCACCAUCCCCCUGUCUCGUGUCCUCUCCGUGAACCCCUCCGGGAGGAGCGCGUCCAGGUCUGGCUCCGGACGCGGCAGGAAGAAUUUGGCCGGGUCGGCCGGAGGGGUGAAGGAACGCCGCGAGGUCGCCGGCGGAGGAGGUGUAGUAGAUGUACGCCGGGACGCCGGUCUGGGCGGCGGCGUCGAGGGAGUCGAUGCAGAAGAGGUCGAGGACGAGCGCGGCGACGGAGGGGAGGGAGCGGAGGAAGGCGAGCAGGGACGGCACGGUGAGGCGGAGCAGGUCGAGCAUCUGCAGGAAGGGGUGGGGGUCGGGGUCGGGGUAGUCCGGGGGCGGGAGGUGGUGGAAGGCGAUGGAAGGGUUGGCGGCCUCGAGGCCGGCGACGGCGGAGGCGGUGGAGGAGAAGAAAUCGGCGGUGGAUGCCGGCGGGGUCGGGACGGCGAUGACGACGGGGACGCCGCGGAGGAGAAAGAGCUUGGCGAGCUCCACCAUGGGGAUCAGGUGACCCACGCCCAGGCAGGCGUGCAGCACCACGGGCGACCGCGGGCGACGUGCUUGUUCGCGCAGGGCGACGGCGUCGGCGGCGGCGGCGGCCCAGGGCGGAUCUCCAUUCUCCGGCCAUCUAUGGCUCCCCCCGAUGAUGUUGCAGGUAACUCUGGUGAGAAUGAGGGGAGUAAGAAGGCUAAGAAGAAGAUUAAGAAGAAAGGCAAUCUAUGUGGCUUUAAGUCAAGGUUUAACUCAAAAAGGCUGGCUCAGAUUGGGAAGCAAAUAUCACCGGAAAAACAGAGAAUCAUAAGGGAGGGACCGUUUGGAGACUUGUUGGACAUCCGGUCUUUCAAGGUGCCCCAUGAGCUCAUUGAAUUUGUUGCGAUGAACACGAAUCAUGUACUCUCUGAGUUCAAACACAAGAACAAAUCUAUCACCUUCAGCAAGCUUAUGGUGAAAAGGAUUUUCAACGUGCCAUCCGGUGAUAGACCCGUGAAGCUUCUAAAGAAGAGUGAUGAACAUGAUCUUCGCAACAUUUACAAGGAGGGGAACAGGGCUCCAAUCGCCCAUGUUGUCAAGUUGCUCACUAGUUGCAGUGAGGAGGACGUGGAUAUGAUAAAUAGGACUUGGGCACUCCUUGCGUUGGCAACAGUUUUGUGCCCAGGCACGGGCAAUAUGGUGAACCUUGAGUAUCUUGCUUCCUUGGAAGAUAUGUCUUUGGUGCAUGAGUUCGCUUGGGAUGAGCACUUGUUGGCACGAGCGAUGGAGGAGGUUGGAGUCUUUCAAGAGAAGAAGAGGAUGCAAGCAAACGCAAAAAAAGAGUUCCAGAUUGCUUCAUGCCUCCCCAUGUUAGCGAUCAUAUACAUGGAUCAUGUUGAUAUCCCGGCUGGCCUCCCAAAUGAGCAUGCUAUUGAUUAUUCCGUGCCGAGGAUACGUUUUGUUUGCCAAAAGGAUUUUGAGUGGCUGGAUAAAGUUGACAAGAACAAGCUCACUCUUAUCCAACCUUUCUACAGGAAACACACCCAUAUCCGGAGUUUGUGCAACACCCCCUAUGCAGCACAACUUGUGGGACAGGAAGUUGGUGCUGAAGCAGCUAGUGGGCAGGGAGGUGGUGCUGAAGCACCUAGUGGCCAAGGAAUUAGUGGCCAAGGAAGCCAAGUUCAAGGUGCUGAAAAUCAAGCAAAGAACUCUCAAUCAAACGAGGCUCAACAAAAUGUUGAUGCUGAACCACACCUAUCAUCAUCGCUGAACGAGUGGCUGCAGCAAUCAUUCCCUAGCAUGCAAGAUCUAAGGGUACCAACUCAGUUUCAAAUGCUUUACGACAAGCACAAGGGUAUUUUUGCAGCGGAGGUGGAUGAUGUUGUAGGCAAGUUUGGACAGUGUUUAAAGGGAUUGCAGUGCAGCCGGAUGGAUGCCCUCCUUCGCGAUGUUGGAGACGCCGUCACAGCUACCAGUGAGCCCAACUUCUCCUUCGAAGCACCUAUCAUGGACGAAUGUCGCGGAAAAGAGAAUGAUGCUAAAGCUGCAAAUGAUGGCAUUGGUGCUCAAGCUCAAGCUGAAGGUACAACACCUAGCAUUAACAAGGAUGAAGUCACCGGAUUGAAGCAACAAGUAGCAACCGAGGCUGCUGAAACUCGUGAGCAACAACGAGUGAGUUUCGAGAUGGAAGGGAACGUCUCACCUCACAGCCCCCCACUCUUCUAUGAUGCACCCAGGAGUGCGACAGCUGGCAUUUGGGACGACGAGCCAUCCUGUGAGUUGUUCCCAAAGGGCUCCGAAGACUACGGGAUGAUGCAUUGCACGGAUGAGCCUAUAACCAAGAAAAGCACAGUCAGCCCCAUAUUUGAAAACAUCCCCGUGUUCCCUGUUCCAGACGAUGAUGACAGCCCAACUCCUAAUAUGGUCGCUACAGAAGAGCAUUUUGUUGAGGCAAGCAGUGGCCCUAGAACACAUGACAAGAACACUAGGAAGAAGAGGAUGGCCAAAGUUCCAGCGGUAAAAAAUACCAAGGCAAAGAAGCAAAAGGUUGAUGCAGCUGCAGCCAUGUAUGAGAAGUAUGUAAAGCAUGGGAAACCAUUGAGGAGAUCACAUGCCAAUGAACAAGUGACACCUUUCAUCAAGAUGGGUGGAUUUUACAUUGGAUACAAGAAAUUCCUGGUAUGCUUCAAGCCUCGUGGGGAUAUGAAUGAUGAGGUUAUGUCCCUAUGUAUCGAGAUGAACAACAUGACAUCCCGUGCAGCAAGUGGUACGAAUCGGAAGAAAUACAUGUUCUCAGUCCACGCGGGGAUGCUACUAAAACAAGACCCAACAACCUUCCAACCAGCAAAACUCAUACCCGAGCUUGAAAGGGCUGUGACAAAGUUCAAGGCGAAUAAAUAUGACCUCCUUUUUUUCACAAUUGUUCAUGAUAAGCACUGGAUAAUUGUUUGCGCAAACUUGCUAUACAAGCAGUGGAAUGUAUUUGACUCAAUCCAUUCAAAAGGAAAACAAUCUCCUUUGAAGAAGCAAGCAAAUAACCUGAUCACAAACUUUGCAGCCCUCGCACAAGAGUACAGCCAAUUCAAUGUCGAUGUUGGAUCCUUCGCCCGUGUUGACCUAGAGGAUUACCCAAAGCAAGAUAACCUAUGUGAUUGUGGCUUUUUCGGGCUCAAAUAUGUGGAGAACUUUGAUGGGAAGUCAAUGAAAGAGUUCAAUCAGGAAGACGUGGCGCGAUACCGCAUGGAUGUGGUGCACAACCUUUGCACUCACCCAAUGAACAAUGCCCCAAUGGAGCGGGCAUUCAAUGAAGAGUUGGCGGCUUAAUUUGCGGGAGGGUUCAAGACGAUCAAGCUCGUUUUCUUUCGUUAGGUCUAGAAUCAUGUCUGAGGUGGCAGUGUUCUGAUAGUAUUAGAGUAGUGCGCGUUCGUAUGUACCCUAAUGAUACCUUCGGUAAACAUAUGUGUUCUUUUUUUGGUAUGUAAACCGAUGAUAACUUGAUCUCUUUGGAUGAAGCACUUCUCCCGUUCUUUAAUGGAUGUGAUCUUCUGCUUUGCCAACA